CAAACACACACAUAGAGGGAGAUAUAAUUGGAGGGAGUGAGCGGGGAGAAGAGAACGGAGUGUGUGUGAGGAGUUGAUAUCACGGGUUUAGGGAGGGAUACAGUACUGUACAGUUGUCAGAGGGAGGAUUCGGAUUUCCGGUUAGCGGAGCAGCAUGAUCUUAACCGCGGGUAGUGCCUCUUCAACCGAGGUGAUCUCACCGACGACUGUGGAUUGACAGAUAGGCGCACAGAGAAACACACCGAGGACACAUUUACUCCAGAAAGAGUGUGAGGGUUUGUUUGUGUCUUGGUGUAACCACAUGAGCUCAUUGCUUGCCCAUGUGUCCUGACUGGGUUCGACUUCUCUGCCCGUAACAACAUCCAAACUGCUCCUCUCUAUUUCUCCCUCCUCUCUUUCUCCCUGCAGAGGGAUGGGCUGCAGGCUUCCUAAGCUGCGGAGGACUGGGGAGGAGAAGAGUCCCGGGAAGAUCUACUCCACCCUCCGACGACCGCAGGUGGAGACCAAGGUGGGCGUGGCCUACACCUACCACUUUCUGGAUUUCCUGCUGGGGAAGGAAGAGGUGUCUGUGUCCUCAGUACUGUGUCUGUCGUCAGUGAGAGAGUUACCAGUCCAGGUGAGGGAGCUGUAUGGUCAGGGCUUCGUCCUGGUGGCUGUCCAUCCCUUUGUCCACCCUUGUGGCCCCAGGCCUGCACGCAUCCAACGCCAGCUACACAGAGCUGUCCUCAUCAGAGAGACACACAGUUCAGAGAACGAGCUGAAGUGGGCGGGGCUUCGCCUGGAGACAGACGUGUGUGUGGCGGGUCAACAGGCCCCUGACCCAGAAGUCAUCCAGAACUACGUGAAGAAGAUCCAGGACAUGGCGGAGCAGGGUAUGCUGUUUGUGGGCUUCCUGCAGCAGCCUGGCGGGGGACCCUGUUUCCUGGGGCACUUGGACCCUGAGGACCUGUCCUCCCUGCACUCCAGCCCCUCCCCCAUACACAGACACCCCACCAGUCCCUCAGAACCCAUGAUACUGGAUCCCAGCCCUACAGACUCUGCAGAACCCCACCAGAACCUCCUAGAACCAGAACACAACCGGAACACAGAAGUGAAAACACCAGAACACAAGUUGGUUGAACUCAGAACAAUUGAGCAGAACCCUACAGAUACCAGUCUGGUGGAGCUGGACUUGAGCUCCACAGGACCGCUAGAUCUCACACAGGACUCUACUCCAAUAGAAUCAUCAAACAGAGAACACGAACACAGUCCAGGCAAAAUAGCCUCAAUAGAAGACCAACCAAACCGCUGUCCAGAUGAACCAGCAGACUCACCAGAGAGACCCAGCCAAAGAGAUCCAGCUAGUGUCCAACAGAACCACAACCACGCCCCAACAGAACUCCCUGGUGACCAGGAUCAACUACAGUCUGACAACACAAUAGAGACCACAUGUAUAGGGAGACAACAGAAUGAAAGCCAAGCAGACUUCCUCAGGAUUCUACUUCCCAACUUCAGCCCAACAGAGUUAACACAUGGACUUGGUGGUCCAGAUGCAGACAGACAGUGCCAGGGAGACAGACAGAGUCUAAGCCCUCAGACACAGAACCACAACCAGAGACCGGAAAUAGACCAUGGCUCAGACAACCUGGUCCGGUCACCAGAACUAGACAACGGUGACCACGGGUCAGGUUCCGGGGCUGAGAGGGGGUGUAACCGUAGAAACGAGGGCACGGGCGGUGACCCGGGUGAGCAUCCGAGGAGCAGCAGAGUUCCGAUCCACAACAACAACAAUCACAUCCGGGUCAAGAGUCCAGACAGAGAAAAGAGGGCUGUAGGGUCUCCACCAGCACAGAGCAGGGUGCAGGUGUUUGCCCUAUACAACCACACAGGGGAGCUGUCCAGCUCUCUGAGGUUCUACUCCCUCAGGGUUCCGCUGCAGCUGCAGAGAGAGGCAGGGCUAGUGACUGAGGUUGACGCCCACUGGCUGGAUCACAUGACCCAGCAUUUCACCAGCGGAGCUCACCUCAUUGACGGCUUCUUUCACCUUGGAGAAGACAAUGGCAGCGGGGUCUCCUCCGUGGACAGUGUGUUCAUCUUUCAGAGCUCCUCAGAAGAAACCCCACCCACUUCAUACGACGCCAUUGUGGUGGAGCAGUGGACCAUUGUCGAUGGUGUAGUGGUAAGGACAGACUACAUUCCUUUGCUCCAGUCUCUGGCUCCCUAUGGAUGGAGACUGACGUGUGUGCUGCCUACUCCCAUCGUUAAGACCAACAGUGAUGGUAGUUUGUCCACAAAGCAGAUCCUCUUCCUCCAGAGACCUGCCUUGCAACGCAACAGGAAAGACUUCAAGAAGUUGAACCUCAGGGGUCGGAACAAGCCGAAGAAAAACUCUGCUGGAGAAAUGCUAGAGAAGAAAGAGGAGAGAAAGGACACAUCCCCAGUGAUGGAGAGAGGGAUGGAUGGACAGAAGAGGAACACGGAAGAGGAGGAGGAGAGAGAGGUGAGAAGGAAUUGUGAGAACAAAAGAAAUGAGAAAAGGAGAACCGUAGACAGAGAUGGAAUCAAGAGAGAAGAGGAGAGCGAGUGUGAGACAGAAUUUCAAGACUUCACCCAGGGUACAGAGGGCGGGGCCACAGACCUCAACCAGGAAGUAGAGCGGGGGAAUGGCAAAGCCCUAUUGGCCAGACAUGAGAAGGCCGUUAGGUUUGCAGAUCAGUUUGUCAAUCAGAAGAAUGAUGAAGAGAAGUCAGAGGAGAAGAUCACACAGCAGCUGAGUGAGAGAGCGCUGUUUUCUGGAGUAUGUUAAUUAGAUAGAAUUAAAUAUAAAGCGCCUGAGUAGGACUGCUGAUCUAGGAACAGUUUUGCCUUUUAAAUCAUAAUGAAUAAGCGGGGAACUGAUCCUAGAUCAUCACUCCUACUCUGAGAUGUGUUCUGAAUAACAUUACAGGCCCUGACCUGGGUUCAAAUAGUAUUUGUAAGAUUGCUUGAUUGAGCUUGCAUGGUGCCUUGCCUGGAUGGAACCAAUGGAAAAGUACCAAAAGUGCAAACCCAGCCCACCUGACACUCUAGGCACGUUCAGCAAGUUGUAAUAUUUCAAACAGCCUACUAUUUUAACCCUGGAAUGUAAAUAAUAAAUAUACAGAAUGACAGAAUAGGAUGAAGCACUAGUAGCUCAUCGAUGGAAACCAAGUCACUUAACAGAAUGGUGGUUAAGUUAUAUUCCUGGUACUGUAUCAAACCUGGAGUUGUAUACAGUAUAUACUCGGUGUGUGUGUGUAUAUAUAUAUAUAUUUGUGUGUAUACAUUUACAUACAGUUGUAGUCGUUAAAACUCGUUUUUCAACCACUCCACAAAUUUCUUGUUAACAAACUAUAGUUUUGGCAAGUUGGUUAGGACAUUUACUUUGUGCAUGACACGAGUCAUUUUUCCAACAAUUGUUUACAGACAGAUAUUUAAUAUAAUUCACUAUCACAAUUCCAGUGGGUCAGAGGUUUACGUAUACUAAGUUGACUGUGCCUUUAAACAGUUUGGACAAUUUCAGAAAAUUAUGUCAUGGCUUUAGAAGCUUCUGAUAGGCUAAUUGACAUCAUUUUAGUCAAUCGGAGGUGUACCUGUGGAAGUAUUUCAAGGCCUACCUUCAAACUCAGUGACUCUUUGCUUGACAUCAUGGGAAAAUCAAAAGAAAUCAGCCAAGACCUCCACAGGUCUGGUUCAUCCUUGGGAGAAAUUUCCAAACGCCUGAAGGUACCACGUUCAUCUGUACAAACAAUAGUAUGCAAGUAUAAACAACAUCGGACCACGCAGCCAUCAUACCACUCAGGAAGGAGACGCGUUCUGUCUCCUAGAGAGGAACGUACUUUGGUGUCAAAGUGCAAAUCAAUCCCAGGACAACAGCAACGGACCGUGUGAAGAUUCUGGAGGAAACGGGUAUAAAAGUAUCUAUAUCCACAGUAAAACAAGUCCUAUAUUGACACAACUUGAAAGGCCGCUCAGCAAGGAAGAAGCCACUGCUCCAAAACCGCCAUAAAAAAAGCCAGACUACGGUUUGCAACUGCACAUGGGGGCAAAUAUAGUACUUUUGGAGAAAUGUCCUCUGGUCUGAUGAAACUAAAAUAUAACUGUUUGGCCAUAAUGACCAUCGUUAUGUUUGGAGGAUAAAGGGGGGUGCUUGCACGCCGAAGAACAUCAUCCCAACCGUGAAGCACAGGGUUGGCAGCAUCAUGUUGUGGGGGUGCUUUGCUGCAGGAGGGACUGGUGCACUUCACAAAAUAGAUGGCAUCAUGAGAAGGAAUAUUAUGUGGAUAUAUUGAAGCAACAUCUCAAGACAUCUGUCAGGAAGUUAAAGCUUGGUCGCAAAUGGAUCUUCCAAAUGGACAAUGACCCCAAGCAUACUUCCAAAGUUGUGGCAAAACAACUUAAGGACAACAUAGUUAAGGUAUUGGAGUGGCCAUCACAAAGCGCUGACCUCAAUCCUAUAGAACAUUUGUGUGCAGAACUGAAAAUGCAUGUGCGAGCAAAGAGGCCUACAAAUCUGAUUGUUACACCAGCUCUGUCAGGAGGAAUGGGACAAAAUGCACCCAACUCAUUGUGGGAAGUUUGUGGAAGGCUAUCCGAAAUGUUUGACCCAAGUUAAACAAUUUAUAGGCAAUGCUACCAAAUACUAAUUGAGUGUAUGUUAACUUCUGACCCACAGGGAAUGUGAUGAAAGAAAUACAAUCUGAAAUAAAUCAUUCUCUCUACUAUUAUUCUGACAUUUCACAUUCUUAAAAUAAAGUGGUGAUCCUAACUGACCUAAGACAAGGAAUUUUAACUCGGAUUAAAUGUCAGGAAUUGUGAAAAACUGAGUUUAAAUGUAUUUGGCUAAGGUGUAUGUAAACUUCCGACUUCAACUGUAUAUAUAUGUGCACAUAUGUAAAGAUAUAUACUACCGGUCAAAAGAUUUCGAAUGCCUACUCAUUCAAGGGCUUUUCUUUAUUUUUACUAUUUUCUACAUUGUACAGUCAUGGCCAAAAGUUUUGAGAAUGACACAAAUAUUAAUUUUCACAAAGUCUGCUGCAUCAGUUUGCAUGAUGGCAAUUUGCAUAUAUAUACUCCAGAAUGUUAUGAAGAGUGAUCAGAUGAAUUGCAAUUAAUUGCAAAGUCCCUCCUUGCCAUGCAAAUGAACUGAAUCCCCAAAAAACAUUUCCACUGCAUUUCAGCCCUGCCACAAAAGGACCAGCUGACAUCAUGUCAGUGAUUCUCUCGUUAACACAGGUGUGAGUGUUGACGAGGACAAGUCUGGAGAUCACUCUGUCAUGCUGAUUGAGUACGAAUAACAACUGGAAUCUUCAGAAGGAGGGUGGUGCUUGGAAUCAUUGUUCUUCCUCUGUCAAUCAUGGUUACCUGCAAGGAAGCACGUGCCGUCAUCAUUGCUUUGCACAAAAAGGGCUUCACAGGCAAAAAUAUUGCUGCCAGUAAGAUUGCACCUAAGUCAACCUUUUAUUGUAUCGUCAAGAACUUCGAGAGAGGUGCAAUUGUUGUGAAGAAGGCUUCAGGGCGCCCAAGAAAGUCCAGCAAGCGCCAUGAACGUCUCCUAAAGUUGAUUCAGCUGUGGGAUCGGAGCACCACCAGUACAGAGCUUGCUCAGGAAUGGCAGCAGGCAGGUGUGAGUGCAUCUGCACUCACAGUGAGGUGAAGACUUUUAGAGGAUGGCCCGGUGUCAAGAAGGGCAGCAAAGAAGCGACUUAUCACCAGAAAAAACAUCAGGAACAGACUGCGAAAGGUACAGGGAUUGGACUGCUGAGGACUGGGGUAAAGUCAUUUUCUCUGAUGAAUCCCCUUUCCAAUUGUUUGGGGCAUCCAGAAAAAAGCUUGUCUGGAGAAGACAAGGUGAGCGCUACCAUCAGUCCUGUGUCAUGCCAACAGUAAAGCAUCCUGAGACCAUUCAUGUGUGGGGUUGCUUCUCAGCCAAGGGAGUGGGCUCACUCACAAUUUUGAACACAGCCAUGAAUGAAGAAUGGUACCAACACAUUCUCUGAGAGCAACUUCUCCCAACCAUCCAGGAACAGUUUGGUGACGAACAAUGCCUUUUCCAGCAUGAUGGAGCACCUUGCCAUAAGGAAAAAGUGAUAACUAAGUGGCUCAGGGAACAAAACAUCAAUAUUUUGGGUCCAUGGUCAGGAUACUCCCCAGACCUGAAUCCCAUUGAGAACGUGUGGUCAAUCCUCAAGAGGCGGGUGGACAAACAAAAACCCACAAAUUCUGACAAACUCCAAGCAUUGAUUAUGCAAGAAUGGGCUGCCAUCAGUCAGGAUGUGGCCCAGAAGUUAAUUGACAGCAUGCCAGGUCAGAUUGCAGAGGUCUUGAAAAAGAAGGGUCAACACUGCAAAUAUUGACUCUUUGCAUCAACUUACACUGAAGCAGCAAACCUUGUGGAAAUUAAUAAGUGUCAUUCUCAAAACUUUUGGCCACAACUGUAGAAUAAUAGUGAAACUUUGAAAUAACACAUGGAAUCUGGUAGUAACCAAAAAAGUGUUAAACAAAUCAAAAUAUAUUUUAUAUUUGAGAUUCAAAUAGCCACCCUUUGCCUUGACAGCUUUGCACACUCUUGACAUUCUCUCAACCAGCUUCACCUGGAAUGCUUUUCCAACAGUCUUGAAGGAGUUCCCACACUUGUUGGCUGCUUUUCCUUCACUCUGCGAUCCAACUCAUCCCAAACCAUCUCAAUUUGGUUGAGGUUGGGGGAUUGUGGAGGCCAGGUCAUCUGAUGCAGCACUCCUUGUUGGUAAAAUAGCCCUUACACAGCCCGAAGGUGUGUUGGGUCAUUGUCCUGUGGAAAAAAUGGAUUCGCCAUCCCAUCUGGUGUGCGCUUAGUGGAACUACCAGUCUCAACAUCAACAGUGAAGAGGUGACUCCAGGAUGCUGGCCUUCUAGGCAGAGUUGCAAAGAAAAAGCCAUAUCUCAGACUGGCCAAUAAAAAGAAAAGAUUAAGAUGGGCAAAAUAACACAGAAACUGGACAGAGGAACUCUGUCUAGAAGGCCAGCAUCCCGGAGUUGCCUCUUCACUGUUGACGUUGAGACUGGUGUUUUGUGGGCACUAUUUAAUGAAGCUGCUAGUUGAGGACUUGAGGUCUCUGUUUCUCAAACUAGACACUAAUUUACUUGUCCUCUUGCUCAUUUGUGCACCUGGGCCUCCCACGCCUCUUUCUAUUCUUUUUAGAGACAGUUUCCGCUGUUCUGUGAAGGGAGUAUUGCACAGCGUUGUACAAGAUCUUCAGUUUUUUGGCAAUUUCUCGCAUGGAAUAGCCUUCAUUUCUCAGAACAAGAAUAGACUGACGAGUUUCAGAAGAAAGUUGUGUUUCUGGCCAUUUUGAGCCUGCAAUCAAACUCACAAAUGCUGAUGCUCCAGAUUCUCAACUAGUCUAAAGAAGGCCAGUUUUAUUUCUUCUUUAAUCAAAACAACAGUUUUCAGCUGUGCUAACAUAAUUGUAAAAGUGUUUUCUAAUGAUCAAUUAGCCUUUUUAAAAUUAUAAAAUUGGAUUAGCUAACAACGUGCCAUUGGAACACAGGAGUGAUGGUUGCUGAUAAUGGAAAUCUGUACGCCUGUGUAGAUAUUCCAUUAAAAAAUCUGCCGUUUCCAGCUACAAUAGUCAUUUACAACAUUGACAAUGUCUACACUGAUUUCUGAUCAAUUUCAUGUUAUUUUAAUGGACCAAAAAUGUGCUUUUCUUUCAAAAACAAGGACAUUUUUAAGUGACCCCAAACUUUUGAACGGUAAUGUAUAUAUAUGGAUUUGUGUAUAUUCAUAUGGACGUGUAACGGCUUCAAUCAUCCUUCAAUUCACACAUUUCACCUUCUGGCCUCAGAUGUUGUCGUUUGGAGUAGGGUGAAGUGGCCCCAAGACACUGGUCUUGGGUCAGUUUUUGCAUUUCCCCCACAAAUGGUCAAGGUUAGGAUUGAGGGAUGGUCCUAGAUCUGUACCUAAGGGAAACUUCACCCUGGAGUGUUGUCAUGUACUCACCUAGUAGGCAAUAUUUGCAAUUUUAAACUGGGUGGUUUGAACCCUGAAUUCUAAAUGGCUGAAAGGCAGGGUAUAUCAGACCGUAUACCGCGGGUACGACAAAACAUUUAGUUUUACUGCUCUAAUUACGUUUAUAAUAGCAAUAAGGUUCUUCCGGGGUUUGUGAUAUAUGGCCUAUAUACCACGGCUAAGGGCUGUGUCCAAGCACUCCGCGUUGCAUCAUGCUUAAGAACAGCCCUUAGACGUGAUAUAUUGGCCAUACACCACACCACCUCAGGCCGUAUUGCCUAGAUAUGUGGAGAUGCUUUUGUACAGUUGUGCAUCUGCUUUGGGCCAAUGAGAACACGCCGUUAAUGUAGGUCAGAGCCUUAAUUGCCAAGGCAACAUCAUACCACUGUUUAUAGACCUAUUUGACAUGUAUCAUAGAAUACUGUACAUUUAAGGAGAUUUUCUCCACCUUUAUUUAACCCAUUUAAAGUCAAGGACAAUGGCCCUGUGUGAAUACUGAAAAUGUAUCCUCCAUUUAUCAUGAUUGCACACUUAACCCUAAUUGCUCCUGUCAGUCGCUCUGGAUAAGAGCAUAUGCUAAAAGAUUCAAAUGUAAAUGUAAGAAUUGGAUAGGUGUCUCUGUAUAAAGCUUUCCCUAAUCAUGUUAGGUCAGUGAUUAUACUUUACUGAAGGCAUUUAUGGAAUACUUGUACAGCACUAUAGUCCCCUUCCUGUUGUUUGAGUGAUGUGGUAAACAAGUCUGGCACCCUAUACCCUAUGUAGUGCACUAUAUAGGGAAUAGGGUGCCAUUUGAGACAUAUUCUUUAUUACAGACACACAGAAGGAAUAAACAGUUCUCA